CCAUACUGUUCAGCCUGAAGGUGUAUUCAAGCUGGUAGCGUCUCCAUGUCUGUGCCACCGUGCGGGCCCGGGCAUCGUCAUUCAAGAAGCGCUCCAGCUCACGAGUGACAGCCUCGAAAGAGAGCAAUGUGCCAUAAAUGUCGAACGCAAGAACAAUAUCCCCCAUCAUGUAAUUGAGCGUUCCAGCGCAAUCGAUUUUCGGAUUGAUGUGGUCGUAGAAGACAAGAAAGAAACACGGCCCCCGUAAACUCAACUCCUGAUGUAAAAGCGGCCGAUUGACGAUGAUGUCAAGGCCUCACUCAUCGACCCAACCGCCUCACCACCACAAACAACAAAAAACCCAACAACCUUCCCAAUGAACCCACAAUGACAGCGCCAGACAGCGAAAAUUACCAAAUCUUCCGCGACUGUGUCUCGAGCGCAAUCGUCGCGAAAUUCUCUCCGACACCUCGAACCAAGAAAGCGCGACGUCCGCGCACAACCCCGCGCCAAAAGACCAGCAGUCGAGCAGACCCAAAACCGGAGGCAGAACAGGUCCAACAAAAUGAAGUCACUAGAACAGAUCCAGAAGAUUUGGCCGACUUCAUCGACUUCAUAGCCACAGAGACCUUCCCAUCACUCCAACCACCCUCACUCCAAACCCUCACCUACGACCCCAACACCGACUUCACAAGCGACAAAGAAUACAGCCCACAACACCUCGCCGAAAGGACCUCGCACACCCUACCCGCCUCUAUCACAGAUACGCUGACAGCGUACGCGGUCAUUGAAUCCGCGUCCGACAUUCCCUAUUUCCUCGCGCCGAUACUAGGCGAGUACGUAGCGUCGGUGACGAAGCCGCCGCCGGUGUGGGCGACUACGCGCACGGAUGCGUGCGAGAUCUGUGAGCGAGAUUGGAUUCCGCUGUCGUAUCAUCAUUUGAUUCCGAGGAGUGUGCAUGCCAAGGUGGUCAAGAAGGGGUGGCAUGAGGAGUGGCGGUUGAAUAGUGUGGCGUGGUUGUGUCGUGCGUGUCAUAGUUUUGUGCAUCGCAUGGCGAGUAAUGAGGAGUUGGCGAGGGAGUGGUUUACUGUUGAGAGGAUUUGUGAGAGGGAGGAUGUGAUGGAUUGGGCGAGGUGGGUGGGGAGGGUGAGGUGGAAGGCUAGGUAG